GCGGCGGCGGCGGCGGCGGCGGAUGGAGGCUGAGCGGGAACGGGCAGAGGUGCCCCGCCGGGCGGGGGUGCCCAGGAUGGGCCGGCGGGCUCGCCAGGACCUCUUCUCUGGUGAGAGCCUCAGCAGGAAGAACUCCUCUUCUGCGUCCACGGGAGAGGAUGAAGACCCUGAGGAAAAGGUUGACCAUGAACCACCACCUAAACCCCCACGCCGACAUGGAGGCUGGGCAGUCGAUCCUGUGCUGGCACCUACCAAGUCAGGAAAAAAGCAUGCAGAAGAAGUAGAAGAUCAUCGUCUCAGGCAGCAGAGCCAGGAGGUAUCGAGUGAGGGAGGAGAUAUUCCUGUGAUCCCUGACUUAGAGGAAGUCCAGGAGGAAGAUCUGGCCAUGCAGGUGGCAGCCCCACCCAGUGUGCAGGUGAACCGAGUGUUGACCUACCAUGACUUGGACAAAGAUCUUAUGAAGUACGCUGCCUUUCAGACUCUGGAUGGAGAGGUUGACCUGAAGCUUCUCACCAAAGUCUUGGCUCCAGAACAUGAACUACGGGAGGUCUGGACAGAACUGCCGCCACACCUCAUUGAAGCUCAAGAGCUCAGAACUUUCUUUAUCAUUAAAAUAAUCAAGCUUAGAAAGAAUCUCAAAGCUCCACAAUAUCUGGAGCAGAUGACUUGCAGUCACCAAAUUCUGCAUCUUGGCUUUUCAUGCAAAGAAGAGGAUAUACUCCUUCAGAUUCUCAGCAGUACCAUAAACAGCACCGAACUAUUCGGGAAAAUGAAUGGAGAAAAAGAGAAAUUAAAGUGGGCAUCUGCUGCUGUCUCCUCAGGACGUGUGAGCACAGGAAUUCUUUUACACAACUGUUUGUGUAAUUUGUUAUCCUGCUCAGUACUGCAGCCAGCACAGAGCUGAAAUGAAGAGCUAAGAAGCUCUGAAGUGGAUGUUUACAGAAUAACCUUCCCACCAGGGGAGUUUCUCUGUAACCCAGACAUUUUGUAGAUGUUUUAUGUCCUGAAGCAUGGAAAAGGAU